CCCACAAUGCUCGCAAGGACUUCAAGCAAUAGGCUUCACCUCUCUUGAUAUUUGUAGUAAUAAAAACAGACUCCUCUCCGUUAGAUUUCAAGGGACUCACACAGUAAAGCUCUAUAGUGUCACCAUUCUAGCAACGAGAGCGAGAAGCUGUCUCAGACACAGCCAGGUAUAAAAAUAGAAAGAGAGGCAGCUACCAUCUGCUAGACACUCGACACUACCCUAUGCCUGGAUUUGUACGGUGCCUGGGAUAGGGGAGUCCAUAUCAGUGUCCUGCUCCCCUAACUCAAACCGAGCACUGGAUCUUGGGGAGUGUCUCCUUAUUUGGGGGAGCACAACCUGGAACUGACUGCACCUGUAAAUAGCAAGAUAAGGAAUAAUAGUAAUGGCAGUUUGACCCUGGAUUGUUUCCAAAGUUUUGGGAAACAGAUGGGAAGAAAAAGCAGGAUGAAUGGGAGCAUACCAGACCCCUGCCCACUCCAGAUCUUGAGACAAGAGGUUAAAACAGGACUGAUCCAGAGAGUAUUCUUGACACUGUUGCCAAGGUUUCCAUUUCAGAGUACAUUCAAGUUUAUUUGAAAAACUGUCACCUGGGAAGAUGCUUCGAUAUAAAAAGCAUAAGAGGCUGGCUGAUGGACUGGGAACAAGUGGUGUUGGUGUCAUGGAUGAUACAGACCGGGAAGUAAGCAGUUUCACAGAUCGCGCUUUCCGUAGCUUGUGUGUUGCAGAAGAGGAGCCAUUCAAUGAUGUUCCUCAUAUUCCCUCCCCCAUCAGAGGAAUGCCACUUUCCACCAAGUACCACCUGGGAAUAUUUAAUCUUUCAGUCCGGAAAACCCAGCCCUUAGCACAGUUACCCACACUUCCAGGACAGCGAGGGAAGUGGGCACCUACAUUCCAGCCAUUACUAAACAGUGCAAGACAUGGAAUUAUUGAUGGAAAUACUAAUUUCAAUAAAAUUUAUGCUCCUGAGCCAAGAGGGUACAGGCAACAGUCCAAGGUGUCGUCCUUGAUAAAAACAUUUGAUAACAUUGAAAAUGAAAUACCCGGAAGUCCAUCUGAGCUCUCAGGGUUGCCCCUUUCUGUCACCUCUCAGAGAGAAAGGAACCCAGAAGAAGCACUUCUUGUUAAUACUGUCUCAGAAGUCAGCACUGAGAUAAAAUUGCCUGAGUGUUCCAAUCAAGGAAGUCUUGCACAAAAUGAAAUUCUCAAGUUGCACAGGCGUACCGCCAGAGAGGUGUUCUUAGAAUCCCAGGCAGAGAGGAGUUCGAGAAUAUCAGGGUCACCAAGUUCCCUGGGAUCACCUCUUGGUGACUCUACCAAAAAGCUUGCAAAACAGAAAGAAUCUUUGAGAAAGACCAGCUUUCUUCACAGUGAAAACAGUGCAUUUAAAUCAUGGAGUGAUAUUAACAAAAGAAUUGGAGGAGAUGAAAGUGAAAACUCUCUUACUGGAACAUCUCCUGUGCUGAGAUGUGCAACUCCAUGUUCACCUUUAUUGUCUCGGACAAAAUGUGGAAUAAGGGCAAGAGAAGCGGGAAUGGAGGUUGGCUGGGCCUCUCCCGCAUCUUCUGUGUCAAGCAGUUAUGACCCUGUUCAAAUGUUAAGGUCUGUACCCCCAUUACCUACCAAAAAAGGUGGAAGACAACCUAAAGAACACAGGCCCAGGCCAGGAGCACCAAGGAUUCCAGUUGAUGUGCGCAUGCAAGAAGAUGAAAUGCAUGUAGAUGUGAGCUCUGCUUUAUCCAAAGACAACUCAGACUCAACUAGGAUACCGAAAGGCAUUAAGAAAUCAAAGUCACCACAGGGGGCUAGUCAGAAAACAAUAUCAAUUGAAGAGACAGAAAUAGUGCUAAGUGCACCUCACUCUCACACAGUAGUAAAAGAUCAAGUCGAGGAAAAGAUGAUUUCCCCGCAACAUGCAAAAAAGCCUGAGGUCAAGAUCAAAUAUACAGAAGACAAUCUGGUCAAGGAACAUCUUCCAUCGCCGGGGAGAAUAAAAACAUUAAUACAGCAAAUGGAAAAAGAAACAAUUAAGGAUGUUGUUGUACCUUGGCUUUUAGAAUCAGAAAACAAGAUCAAAGAGUUACCAAAAGAGGACAUUGCAGUAACUAAACCUGCUGUAACAGCUGCAGCACCUCCAACUUCAAACCCCCCACCUCAUAGUAGUGUUCAUAUCCCACCCUGGAGAAGAAGUAAAAUAAGUCAUAAGAUGGAAGUUGAGGAAAAAAUAAUUUCUGGAGACAUGGCUCCAAACCAUGAGAAAAAGCCUUCAAAUAAAGAAGAGGUCCCCCUAGAAAAGACUGUUGGCUCUUUCAAUAUCACCAGUCUGUUAACACCAGUUAUAAGAAGAAAAAACAUUAAAGAUGCAUUGGAGGAGCAUCCUAUGGUGACAACUCCUCCGCCAGCUGAGACAAUAUCAACAAAGGAACAGGAUUCACGCGACAUAAAUGUGAACAGCAACAGGGAUGAUUAUAAAUCCAAAGCUACAAGCUUGUUGUUCAACUUAAAAGACAUGCGUAAACGAGUUAAGAGCACAUACAGUCCAGCAACUUCACUGAGAACUGGGAAUGAUAAUAACCAUAUGGGAGAAAUCAAAGCACAAGGGCAGUCAAACCACAGAAUUGCUUUAAUGGAUAUUAGUAAAUGGGUAAUGGACAAGGAAAACAAUACUCACUCUCCAGUCAUCCACAGUCCUAGAGCAACAGGAGGAAGUGAGAGCAAAAGUAGCCUCCUAGCGAGUACAGCUGAUAAUUAUUUGUCUUUGAGUUCACCACAACAGGCCAUGGAAUGUACAGUCACUGAGAACAGAGAUCCUAUUCUCGAAAGUAUCCAGACUGAGGCAAAUACACCUGAUGAAAAUAUUAGACAUCCCCAUACUGAAUACAAUAUCAGAAAGGGGGCAGACUACCCAUCUUUAAAUCUCUAUCCCAAGGAAAACAAAUCUCCAGAACUUCAUGCCAAAGAAAAUAGAGCCAACACACUAGUUCAGGUUAACAUUGAAGAUGAACAACAUCUACCUGAAGAAGACAAUACAGAAGAGACAGAACUCAGCAUGAUCCUAAAUGAAGAUAUAGAGCUUCCAGCCAUCCAUGGAACCAUAAUAUCAGAGAGUGACAUAGGUGAAAAUAUUCCACCUUGCCAGGUGCAGUCUUCACCCUGUGAGGAGUUGGAAAUACAACAGAUCAGUGAAAGUGGGGAUGGUGAAAUAAGAGUAGAAAGCCAAGAUGACAUAAAAAAUGAGUUGCAGUAUUAUGCAGUAAGCAGCUGUGUAAUAGACGAAAGUGGACAAAGUGGUGGUAUAGAAAGUAAGAAUGAGAAGGCAGAAAUUAAAGAGAUGAAAGAAAGUGAAAAGCAAAUAGAGGAAACUGCGUGUGUUGAAGAAAUUGAAAGACCGUCAUCUAUUACAAUGUUCAAACCAAAUCUGUUUCGAAUUAAGGACAACACAAUUAAAUCCUCUCCUGUAACCAAGUCAGUGAGGCUGCCCUUAUUGAGAAGCAUGUCAGAAGACUCACUAGCUUACAGAAAAGAAGUGGUCAGUCAGUCAGAGGAUAAAGCUGAAGUGUGUGAGGAAAAACUAAAAUUAUUGGAAGACAAAGUGAUAAACUCAUGUACAGCAAUAAAUGAUUUUGCUGAAGAAAUGGAGAUGAGUAGAAGAGGGAAAAUUCAUGAGCUGCUAAACAUGCGUCCUUCAUCGGAAAUACCGAAAGCAAUCAGCUUACAUCAUCACACGAAAAAACAGAAGGAACAAGAAAGUUUGGAUCUGUGGAAGGAACUGUCCUUGUUAAAUGAGGAAUGGAGAAAAACUGAAGCACAAAAAUCUGAGGCAGCAAAGGUUACAGAAAAUGUGCAUGAAGGGCCCUUUUUCCACCCGGUUGAGACUUGUAUCUCUGAGGUCACAGGGCCUUCACCAGAGUGCAACACCUUAUUGAUGCACAAUGGUAGUGAAUUGUUAACGGAUUUGGUGAAUGGAGAACUUGCAAGUCCACUUCUCCUCAAUGCUAACACAAAUUAUCCUACAUUUGACAGCAACUUAAUACACAAUGAGGAUGCAGUAACACUUUUAGAAGACAUUGCCUGUUCCACCAUUACUAGCCCAAUGUCAGAGAGCGUCACAUGCUCUAUGGUGGCCAGCCCAAUGUCAAUGAACAGUUCAGGGUUUACAACAGCACUUUCUGGUUUUGAAGAUUAUCCAAGCCCAACUUCUUCAAGUAUUAGUUCCAGGAAUGGAAAAUUUAUUUUUCCACCCCUUGAAAAAACUAUUCCUGCUCUUCCUGGAAUUAUAGAGAAUGAUAAAACAGAAGACUCCAUUAAUUUAAAAGAGCAAAUUCAGUCUAUGGAACCUUUGAAGAUGCAUACUGGAAAACCACCAGCUGUUCCACCUAAAACAGAAAAAGCAUUGCGCCGAGCUCAGCGCCUUACCAAGAAAAGAAGGAAAACUGAUGUGCUUCAGAAAACACAGGAUGGAGAGUUGUAUGAACCAGAUCUUGUCCUAGAUGUUCCAUCACCAGGGAAUUUAACUACAAACUCAUUGACACUGCAAUCACACCACAAAUUGGCUCCAUGCAUACCCAAGGUCCUACAACCAGAAGGAUCUAUAAGUGCAUCUUCAACCCCAUCCUUCCCAGUCACCCAACGCAAACUCCUCCAAGACCCAGACUCAGGACAGUACUUUGUUGUGGACAUUCCUGUUCAUUUCCGAGUUAAAACAUUUUAUGAUCCAGAAACUGGAAAGUACUUGCAGGUUUCCUUACCUCCAUCAGAAAGAGAAACACCAACAAUAGAAGCAUUGAACAACCAAUUUAUAUUGUACCCAGGACUGCCUCCAGUACCCAUAUCAUCAAUAUCUUCUCUGAAAGAUUUAUCACAACACUUAGAUCAUGGUGAUCCAGAAAAAGGUGAACAUACACAAUCUUGGGAGGAAAGACAUGAAGAAGAUGAAUACCCAAAAGAGCGACAGUAUAUUGAGUCCAUAUGUGAUUCCUGUGACCAGAGUAUGACUGGCACUCCACACAGUAUGGAAAGAUUUGGAAGCAGGUCCAGAAGUCCAGACAUUAUUUCAAUUAAGGAUCUGGAUGAUUUUGCUAUGGAGGCAAUUUCCUGAGUUUUUGAUUUUGGCAGGAAAUAAACCACAUCAUUCUAGGCAAAAACGCACAUAAACUCACAGAGCGCAGGACAUAGAGACUUUGUGUAGCCUAAAAUGACAAUGUUACAGCUGCACUAUUUAAAAAAAUAUUGGUUUUAAAAGAAAGGCACAACAUUUUAUUAUCUCAGAUACACUCUGCAACUUGUAUUAAUGAAACUGCAGACCAGAGACUUUGCCUAGCACCUGCUUAGAUGGGUCACAAAUCACUACUACCAACAAAAUGGAAAUAAGGAAGCUGGGAAACCAUCCUGUAAAUAUUGUAAUGUUAAUCCUAUGGUAAAGGCAAGCAACUUCCAUAGUGAAUUGAACAUGGUUAUAUCUUGCUAGUAUGGACAGAGGCACCCACAAAGAAAGGAAAGAUCUAUAACUUAAUAAUAAGCCUCUAUGAAUAUUGAGGGAUCAAAAUGUGUUUGGUAGUACCCUAAAUGGCUAGUGUGUCCAAAUGGCUCAUUUUUCAAAAUAUAAGUAGCUUAUUUUCAUUUUCAGACUGAAAGUGGAGGAAAGAAAAAUUGGAUAUAAGGUCAAGUCACUUUUGCAGAUAGGGAUGUACAUGCAAUGAAUGGCUUUCCAGCAGAAGAGGUUAUACAAUGUUAGAGAGGUCAAGGAAGCUUGAGCUAGACACACUGCUACUCAGAGGAGGAGGAAAAGAGAAGGAAAGAAAAUCAAGGCUGCUUUUUAAAUUAGAAAUUGGCAGACUAGAUGGGCCAUUGGCUUAUGGCUCUCAUCAAACAUUAUGUUCAAUAAAUAGAAUUCACAUAGAAACAUGCAUCAGCUAUACAUAUUUCUAAGGGAUAUACUAAAAUGUUAAUACGUAAUAAAUAGAGUCAGCACACAUUUGAUACAUAGUAUUUAACAGAUUUACACAGAAUUUUUACAUUGUCUCUGAACGGCUAUGUUUUGCGAUAAAAGUGUAGUGUCUUCAGUUUCUUUUGGACAAUGUGUGCAAUACAUUAACAUCUUGUACUAAAGACAGGUUUGUAAGAAGCGAGUCCGUGUGGUAUUUCUAUUGCCACAGACAGGAAAGGUUUAAUAUAAACUGCUGUGUAUGAGACGAGGGGCAGGAAAGAUGACAAAAAAAUAUUGAAAUGCACUUGCAUGUGAAUGGUUUAACGAGUGAGUGAGUCAAGCCUUAAUGGCAAAUGAUGGGUCCACCUUUUUACUUUGUAGAAAUUGUCCAACCUAUCAUCACCUCUAAAAAUAUUAUUAUUAUUAUUAUUAUUUUCAUUUGUAAUAUCCUACAUAAUCUCUAGCAAUACAACAUUGUAGUAAAUGUAAAACAGAUACCUACUGACACAGACAGAGAUGUCUUUCUCAAAAGUUCAUACAAAUUAAAUUCAUAAACAUUUAUCACAUUUUAGGUAUCAGCUCAAAACUGGAUAUAAAGCACCCAAAAAACGAAAAGAGGGAUUUCAUCUAAAAAAUGUACAUGAAAGCCAUUAACUGAUUUGAUUGAGUAGCCUCGAAUCAUAGAAGAAUAUAAAGCCUACAUUUCAGGACUGGGUGAUCCUGAGGUGAGGGUAUGGUAUACAAAGUGUUUAUAGCAGUGAUUAAGACUGAAAGUUCACACUGAGAUGUUUCCAAUGUCUAGCCCCGGCAGUUUCAUCCUACUGGCUCUGAGCAUUUCUGAAAAAGUAUUACAAUGAUACAGACAGAACAAGCCACGUUCCUACUGCCAAAUUAAGCACCCUUGAGGGGCUUCAUGACCCUUUGUGACUUUUAAGCAAUGUAAUGAAAUGUGAGAUUGUGUAAUUGUGUAUUAUGAUUUUUUUCCUGAUGAUAUUUUAAUAAAGUGCCUUUACAAUUGGCCGGAUUGACCUCCCCUGCACAGUAGAGGUCUUAAA